CUUUGAGAUACUGGCAAGUGAACAGAAGACUCAGUAAUGACUUGCUUGUAUCUUGUGUCUGUCGUGUUUCACGUGGCUGCAGGCUGCGCUCUCUCUGGUAAUAAACACACAGAAAUCACACGACACAGAGGUGAUUCAGUGCUGUUACCCUGCUCCUGCUCUCACCUGAACACCAAACCUCAGAAACUCACCUGGGAGACUGGAAGAACAGGACGUCUGACAGAAAUGUUAAAUGAUGAGCACUACCGUGGCAGACUUCAGCUGUUUAAUAACAUUUCUUCUGCUAAUCUGUCUCUGUUCAUAUCUGACCUGAAAGUAGAGGAUCAGGGAAACUACAGGUGCAGCACUGAGAAGGAACACAGAGACUUCAUGCUUUAUGUUGAUGGCUGUGAGCUGGUGAAGAAGACAGAGGUAGAGCGUGUGACUGUGUUCACAGGAGAGUCUGUAGUUCUGCCCUGCGUCUGCACUGACAUACAGGACAAACCACAGGAUCUAAAAUGGGAGUUUAUUAGAAACAGUCACUUUCAGGAAAUUUACCCUAAACAGACUGGACAUCACGGAAACAGAGUCAAACUGGUCAGUAACAACUCUCCAGGAAACCUCUCUCUACUCAUAUCAGACCUGACUGAAGAGGACCAGGGAGAAUACACAUGUUCUGUACAGAAUCAUUUAAGAAAUAUCAGACUAUCUGUUAAAGUAGGAAGAAGACAAAUUUCAACACACUCUCCAACAACACUGGAACGAGGAAGAGGAGAAACUUCAACACACUCAAGGAAAACAGGUACAACACCUCCAUCAGAACAGCCUCAGAGUAAAACAACACACUCUCCAUCUGCAUCAUCAUCAUCAUCAUCAACAACACUGAAACAAGAUACACAGCAAACACUCUUCCUGCCAGAUAAUGAAGGUAAAGACAAAGCACCAGAGAAGGAUUGUAGCUAA